AUGACGAUCCCAGACGAGUUCGACAUCAUUGUUUGUGGUGGUGGAAGUACUGGUUGUGUAAUUGCUGGCAGACUUGCUAACCUCGAUCAUAACCUUCAAGUUCUGCUCAUUGAAGCUGGAGAGAGUAAUCUCAACAACCCAUGGGUGUUCCGUCCAGGAAUCUAUCCUAGGAACAUGAAAUUGGACAGCAAAACAGCCUCAUUUUACUAUUCCCGACCAUCAGAAUGGCUAGCCGGUCGCAAAGCUGUCGUUCCAUGCGCACAUAUCCUGGGUGGAGGUUCUUCUAUAAACUUCAUGAUGUACACACGAGCGUCUGCUUCCGAUUACGAUGACUUCCAAGCCAAGGGAUGGUCAACAAAGGAGCUUAUUCCAUUGAUGAGAAAACACGAAACAUAUCAGCGGGCAUGUAAUAACAGGGAACUUCAUGGCUUUGAUGGCCCGAUUAAAGUCUCAUUUGGAAAUUACACUUACCCAAUUACCCAUGACUUCUUGCGUGCUGCGGAAUCUCAGGGAAUACCAACAACUGAUGAUUUGCAAGACCUUGUCACUGCACAUGGUGCCGAACAUUGGCUCAAGUGGAUCAAUCGAGAUACCGGUCGUCGCAGUGACGCUGCCCAUGCCUACGUUCACUCUACCAGGGCUGUACACUCGAACCUUCACCUCAUGUGCAACACUAAGGUAGAUAAAGUAAUUAUCGAGAACGGUCGAGCUGUUGGUGUACAAACUGUUCCAACGAAGCCGCUUCAUCCAAAUCAACGCCCACGAAUUUUCCGUGCACGAAAACAAGUAGUUGUUUCAGGUGGGACACUCUCAUCGCCGUUGAUCUUGCAAAGAAGUGGUGUCGGUGACCCAAAGAAAUUACAUAAGGCUGGUGUCAAACCUAUUGUUGACUUACCCGGUGUUGGUUUGAACUUUCAGGAUCAUUAUCUGACAUUCUCUGUCUACCGUGCUAAACCCGGAACUGAGAGUUUUGAUGACUUUGCCAGAGGUGUUCCUGAGGUUCAAAAGGCUGUUUUCGACGAAUGGAAUCUCAAAGGGACCGGACCACUUGCCACAAAUGGUAUUGAUGCCGGUGUGAAGAUUCGCCCAACCGAGGAGGAGUUGAAAGAAAUGGAGAGUUGGCCAACACCACAUUUCAAAUCAGGCUGGGAUAGCUACUUCAAGAACAAGCCCGACAAGCCAGUGAUGCACUACUCAGUUAUUGCUGGUUGGUUUGGUGACCACAUGUUGAUGCCACCUGGAAACUUCUUUACCAUGUUCCACUUCCUGGAAUAUCCAUUCUCCCGUGGUCAAACUCAUAUCGUUUCUCCAGAUCCUUAUGAGGCACCAGACUUUGAUGCUGGUUUCAUGAAUGAUGAGAGAGACAUGGCACCAAUGGUUUGGGGAUACAUCAAAUCUCGUGAAACUGCCCGUCGUAUGGAUGCAUAUGCAGGAGAGGUACAGAACAUGCAUCCAUUCUACGCAUAUGAUUCGCCGGCUCGAGCCAAAGAUAUGGAUUUGUUGACCACAAAGUCAUACGCUCUUCCAGGCAAUGUUACUGCAGGUAUUCAACAUGGUUCUUGGUCAGUGCCAGUUGAGCCAGGAAAGCCACCACAAAUCUCCUACCUCAACAGUAACCAAAGAGACCUGCAACAAGACCUCAAGUAUAGCAAAGAAGAUAUCAAGCAUAUCGAAGAAUGGGUAAAGAGACAUGUGGAGACAACAUGGCAUUCUCUUGGCACAUGCUCUAUGGCACCUCGUGAAGGAAACUCCAUCGUCAAGCACGGUGUUCUUGACGAACGUCUCAAUGUCCACGGUGUAAAAGGUCUCAAAGUCGCAGAUCUUUCAAUAUGUCCUGAUAAUGUUGGAUGCAACACCUUCUCAACUGCUCUUCUCAUCGGAGAGAAAUGCUCCAUGCUCGUUGCUGAAGAUCUAGGUUAUAGUGGUAAAGCGCUCGAUAUGAAGGUACCUAAUUAUCAUGCUCCUGGUGAAAUUAGCGCUAUUGCUACUUCUCGCCUUUAA